UUAGGUUAACUUUUAAGCUCUGUAAAUAGAUUCUAAUUUUAUUUUCUCUGAAGGUAGCACUUUUAAUUUGCCAUGUCAGACAAAGAUCAUGCCCCUCUUACCGCAGCUUGUGUACGGGCGUUAAAUGACAAAAUAUAUGAAAAAAGAAAAACGGCAGCAUUAGAAAUUGAAAAAAUGGUAAAAGAAUUCGCUGCUGUAAACAAUACAGGUCAAAUUAAGAAACUGCUAAAAGUGCUAGGGCAAGAUUUUGCGCUGUCUUCGAAUCCCCGGUCCAGAAAAGGGGGCCUGAUUGGCCUAUCUGCAGUUGCAAUUGCUUUAGGAAAGGAGACUGGCUUGUUUAUAGAAGAAUUACUUAAGCCCAUACUAGGAUGUUUUUCAGAUCAAGACUUAAGUGUCCGUUAUUAUGCUUGUGAGUCUUUGUUUAAUGUGGUGAAAGUAGCUAGAGGAGCUGUGUUACCACAAUUUCCAACAAUUUUUAAUUGCUUAAGUAAAAUUGCUAUAGAUCCAGAUCAAAGUAUUAAGAAUGCUUCAGAAUUAUUGGACCGUUUGUUAAAGGACAUCGUUACUGAAAGUCCAUCUUUUGAUUUAAAUGGAUUUAUCCCACUACUCAGAGAAAGAAUAUAUACAAGAAGUACUUUUUCAAGACAAUUUAUCAUCUCCUGGAUUUCAGUAUUAAAUACAGAGCCAAGUCUAGACUUAGUAAGCUAUUUGCCUGAGUUAUUGGAUGGCUUAUUUAGGAUAUUAGAUGAUGCAAGCUUGGAAGUUAAAAAAAUGUGUGAAACAACAUUGGGAGAAUUUCUAAGGAGUAUUAAAAGUGAACCAUCUAGAGUUAAUUUUGCGGCCAUGAUAAACAUCUUAAUCAACCAUGCACAGGAGAAAAGUGAUGAUUUAGUACAAUUUACUGCAAUCACAUGGAUAAAAGAAUUUGUCCAACUUUCUGGACCAGCUAUGUUGCCAUUCAUGUCAGGAAUUUUUACAGCAAUUCUACCAUGUUUGGCCUAUGAAACGGAGGCUAGGAGAAUGACAGACAUUAAGGAAACAGCGACAGCAGUGAAUUUUACUUUGAUGAAGCUGAUUGCACUUCAGGAAACCGAUCAGGGGAAGCAAGUGAAUAUAAGACCCAGAGAUUGUGCAGAAAACAUUCCAUAUGAUAUAGAUUUGCCAUCUGUUAUUGAUGUGUUAACCCAAUAUGUUUUACAUAAUUCCAUCCAAACCAAAGUUGCCGUUCUGAAGUGGAUUCACGAUCUUUACCUUAAAUUACCUACUGAGAUGGACGAGUACAUAGAUAUUUUAUUUCCGGCUCUUCAAAGAACUUUAUCAGAUCAGUCAGACCAAGUAGUACAACAAUGUCUGGUUGUCAUAGCUGAAAUAAUAUCAUCACCUAAAUCAAGAUAUGUAGAUGAUGAUAGCAAUACGUACUACAAUAAAUUUAUCUUCAGCUUACUUAAUUCGUUCAGUAUUGAUAAAAAACUCCUAGAUGAACGGGGAUCAUUCAUAAUCAGACAAUUAUGUGUAUUACUUAACGCGGAGGAUAUAUACAGAACAUUAGCAAGAAUCCUUUUGGAAGACUCUAAUCUUGCAUUUGCUAGUCUUAUGGUGGAGCACUUGAAUAUUAUUCUCCUUACUUCGUCUGAAUUGUUCGAGCUUAGAAAUAGAUUAAAAGACGUUUCCGUUGAGGAGAACAGAGAAUUAUUCCUGCGGCUAUAUCGAACCUGGUGCCACAAUCCCAUUGCAACUGUGUCUUUAUGUUUCAUUACUCAGAGCUACAGCCAUGCAUGUGAUUUAGUAAAAUCAUUUGGUGAUGUUGAAGUGACAGUUGACUUUUUAAUGGAAAUUGACAAAUUAGUACAGUUAAUAGAGUCGCCAAUUUUUGCUUAUUUAAGGUUGGAACUGCUUGAAGUACCUUGUGAUAAACAUUUAGUCAGAGCUUUGUAUGGGCUGCUAAUGCUUCUUCCACAAACGGAAGCUUUUACAACACUUAAAACCAGAUUAGGCUGUAUUCCGAGUUUACAAUUGCAUUUUCAAGAAAAGGUAGUCAGUAAGAAGAAACCAGAAUCCACAAUUAAUUAUGCCGAUUUACUUACUCACUUUGAAGAAGUUCAACAGAAACACAAAGAGUACAAAGCAGCUAAUAGAAUUAGAGAUAUUUUGUCAUUUGAGAGAGACAUUGAAUAACAUCUUCCAAUUUAUUAUUAAAUAAAACUUAAUACAUUCCUACUUUCCCAGUGGUUUUCGUUCACCCACAUUAUAAUAAAGAUAACUAAUUGGUAUAUGAAUGGGCUGUAUAUUUAUUUUUUAUGAAAGAUGUGUGUAUUAAAAGCACAAAGUGAUAUUUGUACUUUUCCCUUGGUUAUAGUUUUGACUUUUGAUUUUUUUUUCACUUUUGCAGUUUUUUUAAAGUAAACUUUUUGAAAAGUGGAGUGUGAUUUUUUAUUUAUUUUAUAAAAUAGCCAUGAUGAGCAAACC